GAUUAACGGCGCUACCUUGUCUGAGGAAAUGAAGAAGGGGAGAGUCUUUGGUGGAGUGUCAAGUGGAAACUGACUCAUCAAUACACGGACUUGUGUUGCAGACCGCUGAUGUAACGGUCAUUGUGUAAUUUGCCAGACUGAAGACUGUGGCGCAUGCUUCCACACUGCACUACAUGUAACAGAACUUCAAACAAAGUUCCAAGUAAUGUCAUUGGAGAGGACUGCCCUUCUCAUGUCUCAACUUGUGAUCGCUGGUCGCAGGCAAUGAAUCUCACUCAAAAUCUGAACGAGUCCCUUGGUCAGCUCCAGGACAGUGAGUUUGCUGUGUUCAUCGGUGUCCUGCACAUCCUGACCAUUCUCCUGAUCAUCUUGGGCAACUCCCUGGUCAUUGAGGUCAUCGUCCACUCCCACAAGCUCCGUACCAUUACCAGUGGCCUGCUGCUCAACCUGGCAGUGUCGGACCUUGCAGCCGGCCUGCUGCUGCUCCCCUUUGCGGCCGGCUCCUGCCUGGGUACUGGCUGGGCCUAUGGGCAGGCCCUCUGUGUCCUCCUGGGCUUCCUCUACGCCCUCCUCUGCUCUGCCUCCACGUGGACCCUUGCCUGCAUCUCCCUGGAGCGGUUCAUCGCCAUCAACAGUCCCUUGAAAUACCACCAGCUGGUCAGCCGGAGACGGGCGAUCAUGGCAACUGCUUUGAUCUGGAUUGGGGCAACACUAAAUGCCUUGUUUCCCUUUGCUGAAGGAAACCAGGAGGCCUACACAUAUCUACCACAGUACACUUUCUGUCUGCUCAACUAUCAUAGCCACUUAGUAACAGCCAUCGUUCUGCCCCUUCUCGCGAUCUUCAUUCCUUUUGGCAUCAUGUGCUACACCUACGUGUCCAUCGGACGCAUUGCGUGCUCUCACGCAAAGAGGAAGAUUGUGGAGUGUAACAAGGACCACUGCAUGUUUGUUGCUCCUAAGACCAAGGAUUACCGAGCUGCAAAGAUACUUGCUGUCAUGGCAGGUGUGUUUCUCGUUUGCUGGAUCCCCUUCACCGUUCUCAGCCUUUGGCAGGCCACCACCCAGACUGACUUUCCCUUCAUCCUUACUGCCGUCUCCCUCUGGCUCACCUUCCUGAGCUCGGCCAUCAACCCUUGGCUGUACUCCCUGCUCAACCGGGCAUUCCGCCAGGUCCUGCGGAGUCAGGGCGUCCGAGCGCUGCAGGCGGUGCGCAUCCUGAGGAACAGGACGGAGACUGGCUUGGGCGAUUCGGGGAACGCGAGCAAGGUGCUGAACAACGUGAACCGUGUCACUGCAGAGAACCCAGCGUCUUGCGAGGACAUGCUGCUUGAGCGUCCUCACAGUGCCAUCACCCAUUGCAACACUGAGCCCGGAGGGGGUGAGGGCACUGCAGAGAUCCACUGUACAGGAAAUCUGCUUGAAACAUUGGCCAACACCACGUCAGGAACUCCAAUGCAGGACGAAAGUCUCUGAUUAUUUAACUUCACCUCUUCACAUCUCACAGGCCUCAAAACAACAGCUACAAUGAAUAUGUACAAGUAAAGCAUGAAAGUGAUAAUAUGACUUUCAUGGCUAUUUUAACAAAGAAGCAGCCAAUGACAAAUCGUCUUUUGUGCCUAUCCAAUGUUGAACAACAAUUACGGCAAAGACGGCAAAUCAGUAUUAAGCUUCUUUCCAAAAACCAUGGGUAAGUCAUAAAUGGAAGUCAGGCUGGGUUCCAUUUACUGGUAUUUUCACCAAUGAUACUUUGUACGAACCACAAUCUGUUUCCAACUGUCGCUGUGACUUCUAAAGUCUGUGGAAGAGCCAGAUGUCAACAAAAAACAGUUACUUCGCAGAGUGUUUCCUCAAUUUUAGCAUGAGAGAAUCUACUGCCCCUGCACAUGAUUGAUAAAAACGCUAUUAAAUAUUCCUGCCAAUGACUCCUGUGAUCCUACAUGUCCUAAUGUGGAAUUGAGAUGAACCCUGAUCUUGCUUGGCAAGUGUUCGUAUAAUACAUGCCUCGACCUUAGGCUUUUUAAUUAGCACAGACAAGUUACAGGUGUAACUUAUUUUCUUUACUAACCCGCAGGAACUUUCACGAGCCAACUGGACAUUGUUUAGCAAAACUAUGACCAACUUCUUUCCAAUUUAUUCUUUUCAACCUUUAAUGUGGAGUAAUGCUGUCUAUUUGAAAACUCACAAAUGGAGGAUUCAAAACUGAUACAAUUAAUAAUAAAAACAUGUACAAUCAAAAUUUACAAUGUUAUCAAAUUUUGUUUGUUCAUCUUUCCAUAUAAGGCAAACAACUGUUUCAAACAGAUAGGUGUUUCUUUUACGAGAACACUAGGCGUGUUAAAGAAUGUACAGUAUUGUACUAGCCUGCAGGACUUGUAUGCCGGUCAAGUGCCAAGGUCGAGGCCUCGUACAUGUAUAUAAUUCAUUAAACCAAAAUAGGAGUAAAUGAUCAUGCAUGUUUUCACUUGAUGGAACAGGUCAGCUCCACGCCACAGUAUUAGAGUACAUUAUCUAAUUGGGAUAUACCGGAAUACGGUAUCUAAUGCAGAACUGUCACUUAAUAAUUAGAGUAAAAUAUCUAACCCUAAUAUACCGAUAUACCGUACAGUAUCUAAUGCAGAACAGUCACUUCUUAACUCGCAUUCCAGUGAGAACAAUCCUAAAGGUGAAAUCCCAGACGGCAAUUUGAUAGAUUGCAUAGAUUAGAUUUUUGUGUGUGUGUGUGUGUUUUAUUUUUUUAGACCUUACUGUUUGAUGUGAUUUGUAUGAUUUGUAUGUGUGUGCGUGAUUGGCCAAAAAAGCCUACAGGACAUGCCCAGGGAAUCCUGGCCAUCCACGGCCAUCAAAAUAACUCAAACCAAACAACCCUACACAUACUCAAAAACCCCAUCAUGCUUGGUAAUUUUCCUCUGCAUAAGGAGAUAGGGUAUCUGCUCAACCAUGGCUAAUACGCUCAAUUAGCAGACCUUCUUUUGUUCAGCUGGGAUAAGUACUGGUUCACUGAGUGUCCUCCAGACACAUCUGGGUCAUGUGGUAUUCGAUUUAUGGCUUUAAUUUUGCCCUACUCUAUUAAAGUUUCAAGAAACAGAUCUAGGAGUGGUGAAACCUUGUCCGUCGUUGUUCCGAAUCAAACUGGAAUGCUCCUAUUUGUGGACAAUUCAAUGACUUUGUGGCCAUGCAAACAGCAUUUAAGUGUAGCCUUCUGGUAGCUGCAAUGAAGUUUUCGUCAACACAAUUUUCUGCAACUUUGUGUUCUUCCUCAAUGUGCAAC